CAUUUCAAAAGCUCGCACCCCACAAUCUGUUCCCUAUCCUUGUCCUUUCACUCACAUUUUCCAAGCGUCUCUGAACACACUGUUUGCAGCAUCACAGUAAACUAUGGCCCGCCAUCAUCCCGAUUUGAUCUUUUGCCGAAAGCAACCAGGAAUAGCCAUCGGACGUUUAUGCGAAAAAUGCGACGGAAAAUGCGUGAUCUGUGAUUCUUACGUGCGACCAGCGGAUCUGGUGCGAAUCUGCGAUGAGUGUAAUUAUGGAUCAUAUCAGGGACGAUGCGUUAUUUGUGGUGGGGCGGGAAUUUCGGAUGCGUACUAUUGUAAGGAGUGUGUUGUGCAAGAGAAAGACCGGGAUGGUUGUCCGAAGAUUGUGAAUCUGGGGAGCAGUAAAACAGAUCUAUUUUAUGAAAGAAAAAAGUAUGGUUUCAAGAAAAGAUAGCAUUCAGUGGGGCUUACUAGGAGGAGUGAACGGAGAAGUGGCCAUGCGGAAGAGGAUGGGAUGUACCUUGUUAUAGCGUCAGUAGGCUGCUAUGUAUAUGCAGAACAUAAUAAUAACAUCAAUGAGACUGUACAUUGG